UUUACAACCAUAAUUUCUAGGAUAAAAGUCAAUAAUGUACCGAGGAAGUACAAGCGCAUAUCAGAUAUGUAUGGGCAAAUACAUAUCACAACAAAAGACAAAAUAAGAAAAAGGACAAAAAAAUAAUUAAAUGGUACUUUUUUUUACAGAAUGGUACUUUUUUUUAGCGAAUGGUACUUUUUUUUAACAUGAAUGGUAAUUCUUUUUUGUCUUUUAGCUAUUUAUUUUUUAGUUGAUAUGUGUGUUUCCACACAUAUCUGAUAUGCGAAAAAACAACCUCAUAAUGUACCCUUAAGCUACAACAUAAAUAUCUUACGAAGCACUACAAGGAGUCAAGGACCACAACCACACACUUCACUUCUCAUCUACACUACUCCAUUGCUUUCUCUCUCCUCAAAUUCUACAUUCUACACUUACCAUGAGCAGCCAAAACCACCGUCAUCUUCUUCUCAUCGUUGCCUCGGCACAAGGUCACUUAAACCCCACGCUCCAACUUGCUAAGCAACUCACACGCGCCUCCCCAACUAUAUAUGUCACCUUUGCCACUACGGCCAACGCCCUCACCCGAAUCAACCUCCCCUCCAAAGGAUCGUCGUCGAAUCUUGACCGUUUUUUCUUUGCUACCUUCAUGACCGGGUUUGACGACGGUGUUAAGCCGUCGGACGAUCCACGUAGCGUAGCUGAAAAGGCCAAGCGCGUGGGGUCCACUUCCCUCCAUGAUCUCAUCCUUUCACUCUCAAACAAGGGCCGCCCGGUCGAUCUUGUGAUCUAUUCUUUAAUGCUUCCUUGGGCUGCUGACGUAGCGCGUGAACUACACGUGCCAUCAGCUUUGUUGUUUAUCCAAUCAGCAACCACGUUUGCAAUUUAUAACCGUUAUUUCAACGGUAUUAACAGAAAUGAUGACGACGACAACAAAAAAUGCCCCCAACUUGGCGUAGAAUUACCGGGUUUGCCACUCUUUGAGAGUUGUGAUCUUCCUACUUUUCUGCUACCCUCAAGUCCACACUAUUUCGCUGCUCCCACUAUUGAGGAUCACAUCAGAGUCCUUGAAAGGGACCCCAUUCUAACGGUCUUUAUUAACUCAUUUGAUGCUCUUGAAGAAGCUGCGAUUACCAAGGCCUUUGAUCAUGAUCAUCGUAUGAAAAUGAUCACCAUCGGGCCGUUGAUUCCGUCCGCCUAUUCAGACAUGAUUGAUCCGUAUGAUGCAUCAUACGGCUGUGAUUUGUUUGAGAGGUCCAGGGAGUAUUUAGCAUGGUUGGAGAACAAAGCAGAGAAAUCAGUUAUCUACGUGUCAUUUGGGAGCAUGGCCGUUAUAAAACGGAAGCAAUUUGAGGAGAUAUUGCAUGGGUUAGACUUAACGGGCCGGCCUUACUUGUGGGUAGUUCGGCCCAUUACCCAUAAUAAAGUUAUGGGAGAUGAAGAUGAGGUAGUUAUAGAUGAUAUAUUAAAAAACGGGCUUGGCCCAUUUGGUGGUAGCCCGCUAGAGAAAGGGUUGAUCGUGCCAUGGUGUUGCCAAGUGGAAGUCCUAAGCCAUCCUUCGAUAGGUUGUUUUGUGACACACUGUGGGUGGAACUCGAUACUAGAGAGUCUGGUAAUUGGGGUGCCCAUGAUUGGAGUCCCACAGAUAUCAGACCAACCUACCAACGCCAAGUUGGUGGAGGAGGUUUGGGGAGUGGGAAUCAAGGCGAAGAAAAAGAAUAACGAGGGUAUUACUAUUGUGGGACGAGAAGAGGUCAAACGAUGUGUAGAGAAAGUUAUGGGAGACGAAGAGAUCGGACACAAGAUAAGGAAAAAUACAAAGAAGUGGAUGGAGUUGGCCCUAGAAGCCAUUAUGGAAGGUGGUUCUUCUAAAAACAAUCUUGAAUGUUUCUUAGUGGAAGUAAUCAACAUGGAGGGACCUUUAAAAGACAAAAGAUCUAGAAUUGCUAAUUGAAGAACAAAUGUUAUGAAAUUGAGGAGCUUUUUGGAAAGAAAAAGGAACAUCAUUUCAUCAACUUUUAGAGAAGAAUAUUGAGUUAAUUAUUUGAAGAGGGAAAUCAUAGAAAAAGCUUAGGAUAGAUAAUCAACUUUUCGGUAAAGAAAUUCUUAUGUUGUUUAAAAGUUGAAAAUUAUGUAUCUUAAUUUAUUAAUUACUCCGUAAAUCACUAUUUCCUCCGUCCAUUAAAAGUUGUCCCAUGAUAAACUCAUUGGGCCUUACACAAGUCCAAGAGAUUGACCGCAUAUAUAUAAAUUAACCUGGUGGAUUUCCAUC